GUGCCCAGGGAGACGACCUGUGAGCUGGGUGUGUGUGUGUGUCUGUCCCGGGCCGCUCUUCUGCUCCUGACCUACUUCUUCUUCCGUAGAUAUUACAAGAAUCUGAAGAGUGGCCGUUAUUAGCGAGUCACGAGGACGUUUGCGACGAGGGGAUUUGAAGGAUUUUUUGCGUGGUCUUUGCUGCUCCAAAUUCGUGUCUGAGCUCGUCACACAUUCCAGACCUGAAACCUCCCUUCUCUACCGUCUCCUCAACAUUAUUACCGGGUCAUAAUGUCUGGAGAUACGUCAUGGGAGCUGUCCAUUCAGGUGGACCUCAGAGAAGGAGAGAUGGAGUCAAUGAAAUUUAAGCUUCGAGUCAAAGGAGACCUGCAUAUUGGUGGUCUGAUGCUCAAACUGGUGGAGAAGAUAAGGGCUCCCCAGGACUGGUCUGAUCAUGCCCUGUGGUGGGAACAAAGAAAAUGCUGGCUCCUUAAGACCCACUGGACCUUGGACAAAUACGGCAUUCAGGCCGACGCUUUCCUGCGCUACACUCCUCAGCACAAGCCUCUGUUACUGCAGCUCCCAAACAUGAAAACCGUCCGAAUGACCGUCAGCUUCUCCAAUGUGGUUUUCAAAGCUGUGGCCGAGAUCUGCCAAAUCCUAAACAUAAGAAGAUCAGAGGAACUGUCCCUCCUGAGGCCCGUUGAAGAUAAGAAAAAGAAGAAGAAAGACAAAAACUCAGCGCUGGAGGAGCUUUGGGACAUAGACGUGCUCACGAAAGGCGCUGGGGGGUCAGGUCCCAUGUACAGUAAAACCAUGACAGCCACAUACGACCCAGAGAACGGGAUGCCACUUUCUUCCACCAGUCUUUGGUUUGGAGAAAACCCUCUUGCCGAAAGUCAACCCAACCUGCCUCCCGCUGAGCUCGCCAAAAUAUACCAGUCCCUGUCUCUAGUGGACAAGGCCAACAUCAACGCAGGUUGGCUGGACUCCUCCCGUUCUCUGAUGGAGCAAGAUGUUUUUGAGGAUGACAAGAUGCUGCUUCGGUUCAAGUACAACGUUUUCUUUGAUCUUAAUCCCAAAUAUGACGCCGUUAGGAUUACUCAGCUCUAUGAACAGGCUCGCUGGGCCAUUCUGCUUGAAGAGAUAGACUGUACAGAAGAAGAAAUGCUGAUGUUUGCGUCUCUACAGUAUCACAUUUGUAAGCUCACUAUGACCAGCGAACCACAGGACAACUCAGACGAACCGGAGAUCGACGAAGUGGAGGCGGCUCUGUCCAACCUGGAGGUGACGCUGGAGGGAGGCCACGCCGACCGGAUCCUGGAAGACAUUACGGACAUACCAGAGCUGGCUGAUACCCUCCGGCUGUUCAAACCAAAAAGACUGACACUUAAGCCGUACAAAGAUUACUGGUUUGUGUUCAAAGACACCACUAUCUCCUAUUAUAAGAACAAGGACGCAGCGCAGGGAGAACCCAUCGACCAGCUGCAUUUACGAGGUUGUGAGGUUGUGCCUGAUGUUAAUGUGACAGAUAAGAAGUUUGGUAUAAAGCUCCUGCUCCCAGUGGCUGAUGGGAUGAACGAGGUUUACAUCAGGUGUGACAAUGAAAACCAGUAUGCAAAGUGGAAAGCCGCGUGCAUUCUAGCGUCCAAAGGCAAGACGAUGGCCUACAGCUCGUACAAGCAUGAAGUGAAGAAUAUUCAGUCGUUUUUACAAAUGAAGAGUCUAGCGCCACCUCCUGGUCAAGAAGCUCCCGAUGUUGAGGCCAUGGACAUGAAUGCAGAAUGCUUUGUUUCUCCACGUUACGCCAAGAAGCACAAAACUAAACAGCUGACAACUCGACUAUUGGAGGCUCAUCAAAACAUCGCGCGUCUGUCGCUAAUGGACGCCAAGAUGCGCUUCAUUCAGGCCUGGCAGUCGCUCCCAGAGUUUGGCAUCAACUACUACAUCGUCAGAUUUAAAGGCUGCAGGAAAGACGAAAUCCUUGGCAUCUCGUACAACCGGAUGAUUCGAAUCGACAUGUCCUCCGGGCUGCCUGUCACAACAUGGAGGUUCGCCAACAUGAAGCAGUGGAAUGUCAACUGGGAAAUUAGACAGGUGACCAUAGAAUUUGACCAGAACGUGACAAUAGCGUUCUGCUGCGUGAGCUGCGACUGCAAAGUGGUCCACGAGUUCAUCGGAGGAUAUAUUUUCCUCUCCACACGAUCCAAGGACCAAAACGAAACUCUAGACGAAGAACUGUUCCAUAAACUCACUGGAGGUCAAGAAUGAGGAGAGUCGGCCAAACUCCCGUCUUAAGCUGAUGUGACUGCCUCAAUAUACACGUGUAGCAAUAGAAACGCAUUAGGCUUAUAAUUAGGGAUGGGACCAGAUCUCGCGAGACGAAAAUUGCCACAAGACUGUACAUAUGUCUUCAUCUUUUUCUCUGUCUUUAUCACAGACUGUGUAAAGAAGUGGAAUAAGUGAGCACAAUGUCACCCGUAGCGUUCGGUCAAGUCAAAUGAAGCUAAUCGAGGCUAGAGCAGUUAUAGGGGCCAGUUUGGAGCCAAAGAGCCAAUCCGGAGCGAGGCUGUUGAAGGUAACGCCCCUUCCCACACCACUGGUUUAGCAGGGAACAGGCACUUAGCAACGCUGUCAAUCAAACCUGUUGCUAACGCUAGCGGGAGCAACCUUGUGGAAAGAAGGCGCCUGAUUUGUCUGUUGUUAAUGUUCAUAUCUUGAUUUACAGACACAAUAGUGAAAUAAAAGCACCAGGAUCAUGUAGAGGGUUAAUACGAACAUUUAAGACCAAAAUGACGAGUCUGACAGCAGCAGUUUUCAAUAGAAAGUGAAUUGGAGAGAGUCGAAGGAGCCGGAAGUGAACCCAUGAUCACUUCCUGUUUGGAACUUAGCAGCUAGCAGGUUAGCUAUGUCCAUUUAUAUAAACAGUCUAUGAUAGUUAUCUUCAUCUUUAUCUUUAUUUAUACGGUGAAACCCAUUAAAAGCACUUAGACUCUCUUUUUCAUGGCCUCCCUGUUAAAAAUACAAUACAAACAAGCAAAACGUAAGCAAACGAGUCCAUAUAAAACAUUAAAAACAGGUGUAGGUGUGAGUUAUAAAAGUUCCCCUUGCGUUUACAUUGGCUAACAGAAAAGUUAAGUGGUGCUGAGAAGCUUUAGUUCCAAAAAGCAGAGCUGCAAUGAAAAUAAAUCAAAAAUGGUGAAGCCAAAACUGUGAACUGAACUACACAAUUUCUUCAUUAUAAGUGAUGUCAAAAUCUUCUUUUGUUUCGUUCUUGUGGAUCCAAUCUCAUGUCUCAUCUUGUGAAAACUGUAUCUUGUCCCACCCCUACUUAGAAUGUUUUUUACAGACAAAAUCGCUUUACAUUCUCGUCCGUUAUUCAUUCUUUUUUAUAAACUUUCACUCAGUCACACUAAAGUAUACGGCAAGGUGGGUGAAGUGUCUUGCUUUGACAGUACACGAUGUUUGUAGCAGGUAUAGAACUUCCAACCUCAACCUAAGAAACAUCUGCCCCAGUAUUAAAGUCCAAAGGAUCUCCUCCAUUUGUGUAAUCUUGAACUUCAAUUGUUGCUUUUAUUUUAAGUUUAUACCACUGUUGAUGUUAUUUUUACAAACAGGACUAAUGUAAAUAUGUUCUCUCACUUCAUUCUGUCAUAUUGUGAAGACUUUCUUUGAUACAAACCAGGAAAAUAGUCUGUGCAAACAUUAAAGUGUUUUUAUAACUCUUGUUUUU